GUCAUCAUCCGCUGCGCCGGGGGUGCGGAAAGAUGGCGCUGGCCUGGCGGAGAUGCUUGGUGCACUGGCGGUGGCCGAGCUCGGCCGGAUACGCCAGCUUGGGAGGCGCGGCGCAGCCGCAGAGGAGAGGCACCCUGAAAGAGACCCUGGCUGAACGUCGAGCCCAGAAGGAGUUGAUCUACGGCACUACGCCAAGAUCGGAGAAGAUGGAACCAGAUCAGGAUUGGACAAGUGUCUAUCCAACUGCAGCUUCUUUUAAACCUUCUGCCGUGCCACUUCCCAUUAGGAUGGGCUACCCAGUCAAAGGAGGUGCACCUCUUGAAAAAGAAGGCAACUUAGAACUUUUGAAGAUCCCCAAUUUCUUGCAUCUGACCCCAGUUGCCAUCAAGAAACACUGCGCUGCUUUGAAAGACUUCUGCACAGAGUGGCCCUCUGCCUUGGAUAGCGACGAGAAAUGUUUGCAGCACUUCCCCAUUGAAAUCGGCACAAGUGACUACGUUUCAGCGGGGCCAUCUCUUCGUAAUCCGAAAGCAAGAGUGGUGACCCUGAAAGUUAAACUGUCAAGUCUCAACUUGGAUGACCAUGCAAGGAAGAAGUUCAUCAAACUUGUUGGAGAGCGAUACUGUGGAAACACAGAUACUGUUACUAUCACAACAGACAGAUGUCCUCUAAGAAAGCAAAACUAUGAUUAUGCAAUGUACCUUCUAACUGUUUUAUUCCAUGAAUCAUGGAAAAUGGAACCGUGGGAAAAAGAAAUCACAGAAGCAGAUAUGCUGGAGUACGUCUGGGAGAACAGUGUUUCCGAAAGAAACGCUUUAAAGACAUUGCUUCAAAUAAGGGCAGCUGAGAAAGCUGAAGAAGUGAGCAGAGAGGAACUUCUUGCCUCUGAGGUGAUGCAGGAUUACAAGAAGUCCGUGGUUCUCUUGAAAAAUGAAGGGGAAACAGAGAAGAACCUUUUGGCGUAUAAAAACUCGGUUAAGAGACUGUUAAAUAUCCAGAGCUUGUGAUAAUAUAAGCAGUUAAUUUGUGGAAUGCUGUAUAUGUACUGAUGGGCGUAGCCCCAAU